AACUUUCAGGCUCGGGGGUUUAAGCUUCUUCACCAUCAUCGCCGAUGGAGGUUUAACCUUUCAUUUCCGACGAAUGAAAUGGGUUUAUCUCACCUCAUCUAUUUCCGACGCCUCUUUCCUCGAAACCCUUGUCUCCACAAAACCAUUUUCAUCAGUCAACUGAUUUUGAAGCCCUUCUCCUCCAGCACACCCACUCCAGACCAAACAAAUCCAAAACCAACUUCCCUCUCUGCGCGCAUGAGCUUUGUAUUCGAUCAAAUAGAUGCCAUUGAGAAAGAACGUUCCGAAAAAGACGAAACCCUACAACGAAUCCGAUCUUGGCGUGAAUCCAAGAAAGAAAAGCAACCCAUUAUCGAACAUGAAGAGACUGCGAAACACGCCGACGAUGUUACCGUUUCUGGGGUUAAGGAGAAAGGGUUAAUGACCAGAGGAGUGGAAUUGGUCCAUCCAUGGCCGGAGUGGAUUGAAUUGAUGGAGAGGUUAGUUCAGCAGAACUAUUUUGAUUGUCGAAGAAAAGACGAAGAUAAAAUGAUUUCGGAUUCAGGGUUUGGUGAUGCUGAUGCUGAUGGUGGCUUUAUGGCGGAGGUAAUGGAGGAAGGUUUUGAUUUCACUAGAGAUUGGAAGACUGUUCAGACUGCUGGUCUUAAUUUUGGCAAAGAUAGGUUUGAUAUCUUGAGAUCAUUACCAAGACAAGAUAUACAACUUUUAGUUGGGUAUGGAUGCCCUAGUGCAGACAAGAAGGUCGUCUUCUCUGCAAAGUUGUUGAGGAAACAUGUUCAUCUUGAUGAAGGAGAUGUUUGUAGUUCAUGUAGCUUAAGGAGUUCUUGUGAACGUGCAUAUUUGCUAACAAAUAAAGAAGAUGAGGCAAGAACCAUUGACAUUAUGCGUGUUUUGAUGACAUAUGGAUUUGAUCCUGUAAAUGGAUCAGUUGUGAAUGACUCACUUUUAAAGAAGAAAAAAGUGAAGAUGGCUAUUAGAAAACUGCUUCAUGAAGUGGUGAAAUUGAGUGGAAUCCCAAUAGAUCCAAAUCUUCCACCACCUAUCAUCAAAAGGCCUCCUCCUAAGGUGAAGCAAACACCUCCUCCUCCUAGAAAACGAGUGGGGCGUGAUGAUGUUGAGAUGAAAAAAGGCGAUUGGCUUUGUCCAAAGUGUGACUUCAUGAAUUUUGCAAAGAACACUGUGUGUUUACAGUGUGAUGCAAAGCGUCCAAAGAGACAACUGCUUCCAGGCGAAUGGGAAUGUCCUGAGUGUCAGUUCUUGAACUACAGGAGGAAUAUGGCGUGUUUCCACUGUGAAUGCAAGCGGCCAAAAGAUGAAUUUACAGAAAAUCAAAUGCAAGAAAGGGAACGUGGGCCCGGGCCAAGGGCAAAAAUGGACAACAACACUCCUUCACGAAAAGAAGUCUCGGAUGCAUGGAACUUUGAUUUUGAUGAAAAUGAAUCAGAUGGAGCUGAAGUUUCUGCUUUUGAAUAUGCAGAUUCCCGAAAACUAGAUGAAGAAUAUAUGACACGGUCGCGUGACACUUCAUUCCAGAACAGGCGGCCUUUAAGGCCUCCGGAAUCGGAAUACGCGGAUUCCAGUCCCAAGAGGCCGGGAGUCGGAUUUGAUGAUUUCGAUGACGAGGAAGACGAUGAUGUCAAUAAUUACGAGUUGGAUACUAACCGGUUACCCAACGGUCCUUUGGUUAACUUUUCCGACCUUGACGUUGAUUCCGAUUCCGAUCCCGAAGAUAGCGACGGCAACCGGAAUCAUAAUCGGAAUCGGAAUCGGAAACAUGAUGGGGUGGAUUUCAAUUCCGAUGAAGAUCUUCCGGUUCAUCGAAACUGGAAAUCUAGUCAUGUUGCUAAUUCUGGACGCGGAAGUAGACGUAAAGAUUCCGAUCUUAGUUCCGGUGAUGAAGACUUGAGUGAUGAUGAUUUCCCACCUAAACGCAAUAAGGGAGGGAGAAAUACAAGGUCAAAUGAUUAUCGAAAAGGGAAAGAUGAGUUUUUGAAUGAGAGAGAUGAUAGAUCAAGAGGAAGAAAAGCAAUUCCUGAUAGAAGAAGACAAAGUCCUUUUUCCAAAAUUGCGGGAUCAAGGCGAGAUGGGCAUGGAAAUGAGGGUGGUGGGUCACGGGAUUUUAAGAGCCGAAGAACAGAAAACUUUGGUGGUGAUAAACAGAAGAAUCGGAGGGAUUCUGGGGACAGUUAUAUGGAUCAUGAAAGAUUUAGUAGGCCGAGGGUGAAUGUUAGGUGAGUGAUGUUUUUAUGUAUCACAAAUCCCAUGUGGUUUGGUUUCUCCAUUUAUAGGUCUAAGAAAUGAGAGGUUAUAGAUAGGUGGAGAAAAGGAGAACGAGUUUCGGGGUUAAAAGACCAAAAUCAGAGGUUGAUUUUUUGAUUUCUUACUAUGUGAGAUUUUUUGUUUGGGGUAAAAAGUUGAGUUUUGAUGAAAAGUGACAACUUGUAAGAUUGGUGAGUUUUUUCGUUUGUAUUAUUAUGAAACGUGAAAUAAAUAUAUAGGUAUUUGAAGGAAAUAAUGUUACUGAUAUGUGGAGGUUUUAGGUUCUUAUUGUAACAGAAUAAUUGCAAGGGUGGAUUUUAAAUAUGUUAAAGUGGGGAGCAAAGUUAUCAAAA